AUGGCCGGACGCAUAGACCUUUCUCUCAACAGAAUAUGCAAGCUGCUCACGUAUCUUCCGAAAUACACUCGCCCAACGUGUCACAUCGCAGGCACGAACGGCAAAGGCAGCGUCUCCGUAUUACUCUCUUCCGUCCUCGCCGCUUCGUCUUACUCGGUCGGUAGGUUCAACAGCCCACAUCUCGCUGUCAUUCACGACUGCAUCACCAUCGACAAUGAGUCUGUGCUCCCGUCCGUGUACGAAUCAACAAGGAAGCGCGUGGAGGCCACGGACAACGAACGCGGUUUAAAUUGCUCGAGCUUCGAGCUUCUUACCGCCACCGCACUUGUCAUCUUUGAGGAAGCAGAAGUCGAUGUUGUCGUGCUUGAGGUCGGCAUGGGCGGCCGCCUCGACGCGACGAAUGUCAUCCCGGAUGAAUGUGUCCUCGUCUCUGCGCUCACGGCAGUGGAUCUAGACCACCAGGCCUUCCUCGGCACGAACGUCCGCGAGAUCGCAAGGGAGAAGGCUGCCAUCGCUCGGUCUGGCAAGCCGUUCGUGCUCGGACCGCAGAGCCCAGAGCACAGCACCGAAGUCGAAGCCGUCGUACGCGAAGUCAUCGAACGUGUUGGCGCAAACCUAAUCCGCGCGAUCGUCCCGACGAAGCGGGACUGGGGCUCGACGCUCGACAUGCAGCCGCGGUGCCCCACGUCGCUCGUGCCCGCUGCGUUCCACUGCGAGAACGGCGUGCAGCCGUUCUCCCAGCCGGUGUCGUUCGCACUUCUAGGCAUACUAGACAAUCCGGAUUUUAUCCAUGCACUCCUGCCAUUGCAGGGCGAGCACCAGCUCGAUAAUCUUGGCACGGCGGCCACCAUAAUCUUGACACUCCUCGAAAGCGGCCACCCAUUGGACUUCAAGCAUCGCAUCACCGCUCUGUCCAUCUCCCAAGGGAUACAGUCCACACACUGGCGCGGUCGACUUUCGUUCCAUACCAUCCAACUGCCCUUAUCUGGCAUCCCAAACACCGCCGCUCCCAAACAGGAGUUCGUCAUCCUUGCGGACGGCGCGCACAACUCCGCAUCUGCCGCACGCCUGGCUUCAUUCGUCGAGGGGACGCUCGCCUCUGUAACCAAGCCACCAAAGCCGCCAUCGCCGGCGCUCGUAGCGCCUGGUCCAAUGGAACCAGUUGGCCCACCGCUGUCCCAAAGCGAAGCGCCAUGCAGAACAAUUUCCCUCACAUACGUCCUUGCCCUGUCGCACUCGCCGCCAAAGACCCCGGAGCAGACGCUCACUCCGCUGCUCGCGCUAGACUUGGACAGCCUCGGUGCGCACGUGAAGGUCGUCACGCGCGUCGCCCUGGUACGGUUCACUCCGCCCGAGGGCAUGCCCUGGGUCAAGUCCGAGAAGCCGUCCGAGCUCCGCGAGGUCGUGCGCUCGCUGCUCCCGGCUGCAGACGUCUGGACGCCCGAGAGGGAGGACGAGAACGUAGGAGAGCCCCAGCUGCGCGCGGCGCUGGAAUGGGCAGCGGAGAACCAGCUGCGGGACGCAGGGUCAGCCGAUUGUGAAGAUGAAGGUCUCAUCAUCAUUGCCGGGAGCCUCUAUCUCGUGGCUGAUUUCUACCGGGUGCUGAACGAGACAGGGAAGGGCGAGCCAUAA